CAUAACCUAAUUUAUCGACGAAAACAACAAAUCAACAAACUUCUCAUAUUUUUCAAGUCAUAACUAUAUUUUUUUCAAGAUAUCUGUUAUUUUAACCAGCCACAAUGGAAGAUGUAACGAAUAUGUACAUUUCGCCGCUGCCGGACUCGCCGUACGUGAAGCCGUUCCGGUUUAACUACACUCAGAAUGGGAAGGCGAAGUCCUGGGACCUAUUGGAGGUUCACGACAGUGUUGCUAUCGUUGUUUUCAAUAUUACAAGGAAAAGGAUGAUUUUCGUUAAACAGUUCCGACCAGCAAUCUACUACAACUGCAUUUCACUAGAGGACCGUAGAGCAAAUAAAAUUGAUGAAAAAAAAUAUCCCGCAUCUCUGGGAAUAGCUCUGGAGAUGUGUGCGGGCAUCAUCGACAAGAACAAGUCUAUAGAAGAAAUAGCCCGGGAAGAGGUGCUUGAGGAGUGUGGGUACGAGGUGAAGGUCAGCAACCUGGAGAAGAUACUGUCUUACAGAUCUGGUGUAGGUGUGCUAGGGUCACUGCAAACACUGUUUUAUUGUGAAGUUACAGAUGACAUGAAAACCACUACAGGUGGAGGAGUGGAUGAUGAAAUAAUUGAUGUGGUGGAGAAAACCAUACCGGAGAUAGAGGAAAUGCUGAAGUCACAAGAAACACUGGCGAGCCCGCCAAGCUGCCUGUUCGCGCUCAUGUGGUUCCUACACCACAAGGCUGACAAGUUUAGGCAAUAAAGCAUAGAUCACGGACAUAUAUCAUACUAGAUG